AUGGGUAGGGUUAUCAGGGUACAACGUAAAGGUGCGGGAUCAAUCUUCAAAUCCCACACCCACAACCGUAAAGGCCCCUCCAGAUCCCGCAGUCUCGAUUUCGGUGAAAGAAACGACUACCUCAAGGAAGUAAUCACCGACAUCAUCCACGACCCAGUAUUAUACACUGAGAAGGUUAUUUAUUGCGGGAAGAAAGCUACGCUUGUUGUUAGUAAUGUUUUGCCGGUUAGGUCUAUUCCUGAAGGAGUUGUGAUUUGUAACGUUGAACACCAUGUUGGUGAUCGUGGUGCUUUUGCUAGGUGCUCUGGGGAUUAUGUUAUUGUUAUUAGUCAUAAUCCCGAUAGUGAUACAUCUAGGGUUAAGCCUCCAUCUGGGACUUCAUGGAGAUUUUGUAAACACAUCUUCCAAUUGAUCAUUCAAGUUUAUAAAGCUUGUGGCGAUGUCGCCUGA